AUGUCUCGACCACAGAAGAGUCCGAUGCACUGGCCGACAUUUCCGGACAUACCGAUUUACCUCGAUACUGGUGAUGAGCGUGCAACAGCAAAAACAUACGGUACUACACCCACAACGCCAACAACACCAGAUAUAGUGCCUCCACACCGCCCGACACACUUGAGUCCGGCACACAUCAACGCACCACCAGUAAGCCCAGUUGAACCGAGUCCGACAACCACUAUCGAAACUUCUAGCCACCGAUCGAUGAUCUGGCCAAUUCCUGAACCUCCACCGGAGAUUCAGCAACAGAAAGAUAUCUGCCGACCAACUCUUCGCUUCUUCCCAACACAGCGCCCGCGUGUACGCCUCGAUACCGUGCCCUCACUUCAGAUACCACAGCUGGAUGAGAAGACUCCCAUCAACAAUCUUCAUCCAGGCCUUGGCAUCAUAAACGGCCCACCAAAGCCACCCUCUAUCGAAGUGUCCGCCCCUGUGGAAGACGUCGAGGACCAGCCGAACAUUGCCGAAAGGAUUGAGAAACGGUUGUAUCAGUACAGCAUCUCCGGCAAUGUCAUCAAGAGAUGGCUCUUAGAGUUACUCAGUUGGGUCUUCAGUGCCUUCUGUAUGGCCUCGAUUAUCGGCGUUCUGAUAUACUUCAAGGACGACCCCCUCUCGAAAUGGACACUGGCGGACAGGACUGGAGUGACACUCAACGCAUAUAUCUCUGUGCUUUCCAAAAUGGCGGGAGCAGCUUUGAUCCUUCCCGUAUCUGAAGCUCUUGGCCAACUGAAGUGGAGUUGGUUUCAGCAAAAUUCUAAACGGAUGUGGGACUUCGAAAUCUUCGACAAUGCGUCUCGUGGCCCUUGGGGCUCCAUGCUGUUGCUUCUACGCACUAAAGGCAAGGCGUUGGCAGCGCUAGGUGCCAUGAUCACGCUAUGCAUGAUGGCACUCGAUCCUUUCUUCCAACAGGUCGUAAACUUCCCUGAUCGCUGGGCGUUAGAGGAUACCCCAAGCAAAAUUCCAAGAACAAUCCGAUACGAUCCUCAUGUCGGUGCGGAAUACCUAGACGGUUAUGAGCAAUCUCAAGACGACCCGGAUCUAUUUCACGUGGUCGAGAAAUUCUCAUAUAGCAAUGGCACGCAGCCUGUCCCUUUUGGAAACGGAACACGCCCAGAUAUCCCCUUAUCAUGCCCUACCAGUAGAUGCACGUGGCCUUUGUACGAGACGCUAGGUGUUUGCAGUCAAUGCGCUGACGUAUCGGAACACCUCACAUACGCUUGUUUGAACACCACAAUCGACUGGACGGCGAACACACAAGGACUCUUCGAUCUGAAAGAGCCAUAUCCGAACGGAACUAUGUGUGGCUACUUCCUGAACGCUACCAGCGAGGCUCCUGUUAUGAUGUCGGGCUACCUCUUCGAUUCAAAUGGCUCUGUGAAAGGAGAAGCUCUAGCAACGCGCGCCUUUCCUUUGACAGCGAUUACCACCAAGGAGCCACUCUAUGGUAACGGUUCCAUCUUAUUCAAGAAUCAUCGCAACACCAUCGCCGAUGUUCUUCUGGUUUCAGCAAGCGAAGGUCUACCAGACACAGUGUAUCAGAACAUUCGGCCGGUUGCACAGGAGUGUAUCCUGGCUUGGUGUGUCCAGACGAUCAAAUCCUCCUACGAUUACGGCAAGUACAAAGAGGAAGUAGUCAAGACUUACCUCAAUGACAGCGCGGGUGAUUUUCCUUGGCAAGCAUUUUCCUACGUCGAUGAUCUGGGGAACGACGCCACGGACAUGUAUUAUCUGCAAGACAUCAACAUCAACAAUGGGACCACCCCCGAUGGCGCAAGUAUAUCCGGUUACGGAACGUCGAAUACCACGGCGAUAUCGAUCAUUCAGGGGCUGAUUGAUAUCUUUCCCUCUUACACGACAGUGAUGAAUAAGUCUGCUGUCCCUGUCAUGCGAUAUAAGACGUGGCAGGCAGGGCCGCCAUGGAAUCGUCAGCUCGAAUACAACCCUUGGCUUGCACCAAACGUUACGAAACACAUGGAUAGGCUUGCAACCGCGAUGACAAACGUCAUACGCUCUGCUCCAAGCAACGAGAUGAUUACUGGACAGUCAUUCAGUAGGGAAACGUACAUUUCGGUGCGUUGGGAAUGGCUCACCUUGCCGAUUGGUCUCUUGAUGAUGAGCUUCAUCUUUUUAGCUGCUACAAUAUUCAAGUCUGCAAUCGAGAAAGAACAACUAGGCGUUCUCAAGAACUCAGCCAUCCUGACGCUAUUGUACGGCGUGUCUGACGAUAUGCGCACCAAACUCACACGAUCCUCGAGUACAGGUACACCUAGAGCGAAAGCAAAAGAGCUCAAGGUCAAACUGAAUCCGAAUAUGGGAUGGAGGGUAUCGGGAAACCUCUUUUCGCCAGUCGCUCCACGUCCACCUCAACCACCGCCAGGUUGGAUCUGA